AUGGAAUAUUUUCAUGGAUUUUUCACUGGCUCAUCGACAUUAGCGCCGGCGACGGCCGGUUACGGUGGAUUUCAUGGCGGAAAAGGUAAUGGGUUAAUGGGAUUAAUGGAAGUUCCUGAAAGCUUGAACGUGCAUGCCGGUGUUAUUUCUCAGAACAAAAGCUUCGUUGAUGAGAUCAGCAACUUGGUGAGGACUGAAACGAAAUUGGAGAAGAAGAAGGGAGAUAAAAAGAUCAGAAAGCCUAGACAUGCUUUUCAGACAAGAAGCCAGGUUGAUAUACUUGAUGAUGGCUAUAGAUGGAGAAAAUAUGGCCAGAAAGCUGUCAAGAACAACAAAUUUCCAAGAAGUUAUUAUCGAUGUACAUAUCAAGGAUGCAAUGUGAAAAAACAAGUUCAAAGGUUAACCGAAGAUGAAGGCAUAGUGGUGACAACUUACGAAGGCAUGCACUCCCAUCCCAUCCAAAAAUCUAAUGACAACUUUGAGCAUAUCUUAAGCCAGAUGCAAAUCUACACCACUUCCUUUUAAAUCAAAACAUUUUUAUAAUUAAAUAUGUAAAAAAAAUGAGAAAUUUGUGUCUUUUAGAUCAUUUCUCAUGUGCGAAAUGGGGAG